AUGUAUAUGUAUGUAUAACGACUUCGAUAUUUGUUUUAAUCUACAAUUAACACAAAGGAUUUGCGAGAAGUCUUCAAUAUUUAUCUUUUAACCCGUUGUUUAUUACAAUACCAGGAAAAACGCGCCUCGGACAAGAUUAGAAUUUUAUUAGGUAUCAAGGUCAAGUGUAAUUGCUGUACCAAAGUCGACUUUUUACGUCGGAGAAAUUCAUUUAACUUUAAAAUACCGCAAAAAUAUUACAAUUUGUAAAAGACUGGGAAAUAAUUUAGAUAACACAUUACGUGGUGGUGGUGUUAUUUGACGUUAAUUUAUUUAUAAAUGAUAACGCAGUGUCGGACGAGGCGUGAUGAACGACGGUUCACCGCCCGGACACUUAUUGACCCGCAUUUUAUAAUUAGUUUUUUUUUAACCUACUAGUUUUUUAAUCAGUGUACAAAAUGAGUGGAACAACGAAUAGGAGAGUGCAAUAUUUGGCUGGAAUUUGCGCUUCGUUAGCGUUUACGUUUACUGGAGCUACUAUUUCAUGGUCUUCUCCAGUGAUUCCAAAGAUCAAGAGUGGCGAAGUAAAUAUACAGCUGUCAAAUGAGCAGAUAUCGUGGGUGGUGGCGCUGGCGGCGCUGGGCGCUCUGCCCGGCUGUUACAUAGGGCAGGUGCUAAGCGAGCGGCUAGGUAGACGUCGCACAGUAUGUGGUGCCGCGGUGCCUGGAAUUGCAGGUGCGGCGAUGAUAUUAUUCACAAAAACAGCUGAAGUGAUGUACGUUGCGAGAAUAUUGAUGGGUAUAUCAAAUGGGAUAACUGCAGUCGUAAGUAUGUUUAUAUUAAUCACAGAUAUACAAGUUAUACCAGAGUCCCCUUACUAUCACCUCAAAGAUGACAGAUAUGCUGAAGCAAAGAAGGAAUUCAUGAUCAUCAAAGGAUGCAAGGAUUCAAAGUGGGCAGAUCAACAGUUGGGUUUAAUCAGAGUACACGUGAGAGAAAGUAUGGAGAACAAAUCCACGCUAAAAGAAUUACUGUGUAAAGUAAAAUAUAGAAAAGCUGUCUAUAUCAUAACAGGACUCAAGAUAUUUCAAUACAUGACUGGUAGUUUGGCGAUUCAGUCAUAUUUAGAGAUCAUUUUCACACAGAGCAGUUCGAUAUCGGGUCCUUACGUCAGUAUUGUGUACGGCUUCGUACAGUUAGGCGCAGGUGUAGGAGCAACAUUCCUGGCAGGUUACUUCGGGCGACGGGUCCUCAUGAUUGUGUCCUGUUCUGGAGUUGCAUUAUCAUUAACCGCUGUCGGAAUAUAUUUCUUUUUGCAAGAUUACAUCAAAAUAAACCCCGAAACCCUCAGUGCGAUUUCAUCUUUGCCUCUGAUAGGGGUUUUAGGGUUUAAUAUUCUAUACGCUGUAGGUAUUGGUACAAUACCUUAUAUAAUGCAGGCGGAAUUAUUCCCUAUAAAUGUGAAAACUAUCGCAUCGAGUGCAGCUACGAUGAUUUCUUGCAUUUUGAACUUUACGGUGACGAAAUCUUAUCAAAGUAUAAAAGAUGUAUUUGGGCAUUAUAUUGUGUUUUGGAUAUUCGCGGGUAUAGCGUACAUUGGUGUCGUUUUCGUGUAUUUCUUAGUACCUGAGACGAAAGGUAAGAGUUUAGAAGAGAUACAGGAGUUUAUGCAGGGGCCGCGUCACUUGGAGGCUCAGGCAUUAAAUGUAACAGAGGCUACUGCUAAGAGGGACGAUGAGUGAAAUUAUUUAUAAUAGAUUUAUCUAAAUGUUUGUUAUGAUUUUUAAUAUAUAUUUUUUCUGUAA